GUCACAUUUGACAGAAGACAGAUAAAAAUUCUUGUUUUUCAUUUUUGAUUUGUUUGAUCUGCCUUAAAAUUAUAUUUAAUUUAAAUUAUUUAAUUGAGAAGAAAAACUACUCACAGCUUUUAAAAUGCAAGAGUUUGAAAUGAAAAGAAAUGCAUUGUUUGCCAGUCUUGAUAUAGCUGGCAAAGAUUUAAAAGGAACUAUUCUCGACCAAACCGGGCCCGAAUCUCACACAGUAAACUUGCUCAAACGUUCUGCCCCUUCGGAGGAAAUAAUAUCAUCGGAUCGUACGUUAACAAAACUCCGUGGAAAAGAAAGUAUAUUCAAGAAACCAGAACUCCCUAUUGCUAAAUGCCUCAAACCUCGUGUUGCUCCAGAUUAUCAGGUUAAUCCACACAAAUGGAAGAAGUAUUCUCUAGCCGAUGUGGACAUAUCAGACCAUACAAAUACCGCAGCUGCACUAUCAUUUCUCAAAGAAAUCGAAUCUUCAAAAGAUGAGGAAGAAUCAACUGAUUGUGCUUCUGGAAAGAUAUCAUUCAAUAAAGCAGUAAAAGCCAAACGAAGCAUACGAAUUUCUGGAGAAGUAGAUGAUGAGGAAGUUGAUAAACCAAAGUUAAAAGGUUCAAAAUUGGUAAUGCCUGAAUACGUAAUUGGCCAAAAGUCGGAAAAAGACAAAAGAAAGAAAAGAUCUCCCAGCAAGAUUGAAACGUCUUCGCAGCUAACUUUGUCACAUCUUCAAGAAGAUGAAGAAGAGGACUGAAUUGGAAAAUUUAAUAUUAAAAAAUAUAAUAGUUGUGUAGAGAAGAGAUUGCAAAUAUAUAAUAAAUAGGAUGUAAGUGAUUUUUCUUAGAAUAAAGUUUGUUUCAAACACUUAAGGUGCGAAAAAUAA